AUGCGUUCAAAUGCUUGGCUUUGUUUAUAUAUAAUUUUAAAUGAUAAUCAUGAAAUACAAAAUAUUGAAAAUCUUCUAUCAAAAUAUGAUCAAUUACCUGAAAUAUAUAUUGAAUUAAUUCUAUCAACAAUAACACAAUUUAAAUCAUUAGAUCAAACGCAAUUAUUAAUCAAACAAACAUUAUCUGAAACAUGUCAAUUUGAAAUAAAUAUUUCUUUUUUACAUUAUUCAAUAAUAUUUAUUAUUGAUAAUUGUCAUAUUGAUUCAAAUAAUGAUAUUAUAUUAUUAUCAAAUAUAGCAAAAGCAUUAAAUCGUCGACAUUCAAUACUUUAUUUACUUAUACAAUAUGAUAAACACGAAAAAAAUUCAAAAUUAAUUGAAAAAUUUUUUCAUUUUAUAAUUAGAAUGUUAAUUAAAAAACUACAAUAUUCAUUAAAAAAUUCAAUUGAUAUAAAUAAUGAUCAAAAUUAUGAUGAACAAUUAUCAACAAAUAUUCAAACAUAUUUAAUGUUACCAAAUUUAAAUCAAGAACAAAUAAAUAUAAUUAAACAAUUACAAAUUUCUAUGAAUAUAAAUGAUGAUUAUCAAUGGAUAGUGAAUAUGAAUAAACAUUAUAUACAAAUUGAUUCAAUACUUAUUGAAUUAUUAUUAAUUUUUUUAGCUUAUUUUGAUUUUAAUAAUACUAAAAUUAAAACAUUAAAUGAUUUAGCUAAUUUAUUGCAACAAUUUUUUCUUAAUACUAAUUCUACACCUUGUUUUACAACAAUUAAACAAUUUAAUCCACCAAUACCUGUUAAACAAGUUCAAGAAGAGAGUCCAUCUGUUGAUGAUAAUGAAGGAAGUCAUUUUAAACAAUUUGCUAUAGACGAUUCUGAUCCGCCUGAAACAAAUCGUAAACGACGUUUAUCACAUUCGACAUCAAGUGAGAAAGUUUUUCUAACAUCUUCAACAAAAGCAAUUUAUCGUAUUGUACCAAUUAAUAAUGAUAAUGAACAGUCAUUAUUUCUUUCGGAUGAUUUACAAUAUUUUAUAUUUAAAUCAAAUAAUUUUUCAUUAGUUAAACAAUGUAUUGAUCAAGCAUCUUUAUUAACAUGUUUAAAAAUGUUUAAAAUAUCUGUUCAAUCACAUGAAAAUAUUAAUUAUUUAUGUCAACGUUUAAAUCAAUUAAUUGAUUUAUCAUCAAAACAAAUUCAUACAUAUAUUAAACAAUCAUCAUUUAUUCUUCCUUUAAUUAAUCGAUGGAUUAUUGAACAAUUACCGGAAGCUAUUAAACUUGGAGAAAAAUUAAAAAAAUUAACAGAAAAAAAGAAAAAAUCUCAUGGUCUAUCUCACGAUUCGAAUCAACAAUUAUCUGAUAAAAAAACUCGUUUAAUACCAACAAGUUCACGUAUAUCAUCAUCAAUAUCUGAUCAAAUUCAUUCGUUUAAUAAUCGUAUAAAUGAUUUAUGUAAUAAAAAAUCUUCAAAUGAAAUAUCAAAUGAAAAUCAAAUGGAUAUAUCAGAUAUAAAUUUUAAUAUUCCAUGGAAAAAUUUAAAUGAAUGUGAAGAAUUACUUAAAUAUAUAAUUGAUAAAAGAAUUUCUCCUAUAAAACGUCGUCAAUUACUUAUACAAAUACAAUGGUUAACAAAUAUAUCUGAUGAAUAUCGUUGUCAAUUAUGUCAGACAAUAUUAAAAUGUUGUUAUUCAACAUCAAAAGAUGAAUUUUUGAAUAAUCUUCAUGAACAAUAUAAUAGUUCAUUUGUUUUAUUAAAUAUAUUAAUGAAAAAAAAAUAUUUAAAUGAUGAUUAUAUUAAAUUAAUAAAUCUAUUAGAAACUACUGAUAAUAAUCAUAAUAAAAAUAUAUUUCAAUUAAAAAUAAAACAAUUAAAACGUAUGAUUAAUCAAUAUGAAGAAUUAAAAUUUACAACAAAACAAAAUCGAAAUUUAUUAACAAAUGAACAGAUUAAAAAAAAUUUAACUAUUGAUCAUAUGUUAAAUAUUUUAAGUAAUUAUAAUUCAUUAAAUGAUUGUAGAAUUGAAAGACAAUUUUAUAAAUAUUUUAUAUUAAAUAAUCAAUAUGAAGAUGAAUGUAAACAUUUAUUAAUGAAUGUACUUGUUGAAGCUGAAUAUAAAUUAUCCGAACCAACAAUUGGAAUGAUUUUAGAUCAAUUAGAAAAAAUGGAUUAUAAAUCUUCAAGAUCAUCAAAUAGUUCAAUAUAUGCAAGUCAUCAAUUAUUUUUUCAACGAACAGAUUCAUCAAUAUCUCAACGUUUAUUAUUAAAACAAUUUCUUCAUUCAUGUGAUUGGUCAACAAUUCUUAAUUGUAUUUAUGAUCUUUUAACAUUAAAUUCUUCAAAUACUGAUAAACGUUUAUCAAUAAAUCAUAUAGAUUUUGUUCAUCAUCAUCGUUUAAUACCAACACAAACAUUAAAACAAUCUCAAUGUUUAUUAUUAAAUCAUCGUGAUAGUACAUUAAUACUUGAUAUGUUAGAAGCAUUUAUAAAAUUAUCACCAUUAUGGUCUGGUAGAGAAUUUAAAAUGCUUGAACGUUGUCAUGAUGAAUUAUUAAUUGAUUUAAAUGAUAAACAUAUAUAUACACUUAUUAUAUAUAUACUUGAUGAAGGUUAUCGUCGUUAUUUAUCAAAUGAAAAUCUUUAUGAACAAUAUCAAAAACGUUAUGAAACAAUAUUAUAUUAUUUAAUAAAACAUUCUGAAAAACGAAUUUUAUUUCAAUAUUGUUUAGAAAAAAUUUUCAUUGAUUCUGAUACAAAUCUAUGGAUAAAAGAUAUCUUAACAUCAUUUUAUUUAAUUAUUUAUAUAAAUCAAUCAGAUUUAUUUAAUGAAAAUUUUUAUUUAAUUUUACCAAAUUUAUUUUCUGAAUUAAAAGAACAAUAUAAACAAAUUAAUUUUAUAAAUACAAAUUAUGAUUAUAUUAUACAUGAUUUAUUAAUACGUUUAAAUAGUUAUGAUUUAAUAUCAAUUGAUAAUUUUUAUGAAAUAAAUCUUUUAUUAAAACAAUAUGUAUCGAAAUAUCCUAUAUUAUUUUUACGUCAUUUAAAUAUAAUUAAAUUAGAUUUACAAUCACGUUUAUCAACAUUAACUAUUGAAGAAUUUAAUCGAAGAAAUUCAAAACAACGUACAUUUUUUCUUUCAUUAUUUGAUUUAAUUUAUCGUUUAAAACCUUAUAUAUAUGAUAAUAUAUAUGAAAAUGAUUUUCAAUCAAUAAUUGAUAUAUAUAUACGUUUAAUACAAACGCAUUUAACUAUAUUAAAUACAUGUACAAAACAAAAUAUAUUAACAUUCAAUUAUAUAUAUGAUUUAGUUUAUUUAAUUGAUAAAUUAUUAAAUUUAAUUUAUAAUUAUUUAUAUUCAACAAUACAUAAUAAUCAACAUCGAUCAUUAUUUAAAAUUUAUAAUAAUAAAUUUUUUGAAAAAAUUCAUGAAAAAAUACAAAUUAAUAAAGAAUUAUAUCAAUAUUUAAUGUCAAAUAAACAUAAUCUUAUUUUAUAUCAUCUUAAACAAUUAAAAAUACUUUAUGAAUCUAUUAGAAAUGAUGAUAUUACAGGUAAAACACUUUUAAGAUUAUUAAAUUUUUAUACUCGACAUUGA